GCUCAAUAUUGUUCGUAAACGGACGCACGCGCGGUCCUCCGGCGCAAUCGACGACGACGACGGCGGCGGCGGCGAUAAACGGUCAACGGGACGUUAUCAGAAAAGAAAACUCCUUAAAAGAACAGUGGUAGUAAAAUAAUAGUUGUAACAGUUCAUUUAUUUAUAUAUUAUUUAUAUGAGAUAUACAGGCUUGCGCGCCCAACAGUAAAAUAAUACAGUGAUUUCGGUUUUGAGUAAACGCGUAAUAUAAGAAAAUAAAAAUAAUAACAAUUUAAACCACGUGGUGUUCACGCCGGGCGAAUCGAAAUAACUGCAACGCCCUAUACGAUAAAACGCUGCAAGACCUUUGCGCCGGCCGGUCUCCCGACCUAGUCAAGAGUUCGUAUAUUAUUAUCGUAAAAACGGUAUUUGUCCGAUCGUGAUCUUCGCGCGCCGGAUCGACAGCGACAUCAUGAUCAAGUUGCGAGAAACUCUAUACCAGGUGUUGUCCAGGCGGAAAAAGGAGGAUGAAAUACUUGUCGACCAACCAAACAAGAAGAAAUUGGCCAGGGUCCUCAAUCUAAUGGACCUGACGGCACUUGGCGUUGGGUCUACGUUGGGCGUGGGUGUUUACGUGCUAGCCGGAAAUGUCGCCAGAAUAGAAGCCGGGCCAGCCGUUGUGCUGUCGUUCGUUUUGGCUGCCUUUGCAUCAGCUUUCGCAGGCCUGUGUUACGCCGAAUUCGCAGCGCGAGUGCCAAGAGCCGGGUCGGCCUACGUUUACAGUUACGUCGGAGUUGGCGAAUUCGUCGCGUUCGUGAUCGGGUGGAAUCUGAUACUCGAAUACGUCAUCGGUACUGCAAGCGUCGCCAAAGCUUUCAGCAAUUACAUCGAUGCGCUGCUGGACUAUCCCGUGAAAACCACGAUGACCUAUCUCUUCCCCAUGAACGUCAGCUUUUUGGCCGACUACCCAGACGUUUUGUCGUUCAGUCUCGUGAUACUAUUAUCGAUUAUACUGUCGUGGGGAGUCCGAGAAUCUACGAUGAUCAACAACGUGUUUACAGUCGUUAAUUUAUUGACUGUGGUCACGGUUGUCGCAACCGGAUUGUUUAAAGUUAAUUUGCACAAUUGGAGUAUACCGAAACAAGACAUCCCGAAGAGCGCGAAGGGCGGCGAAGGUGGUUUCAUGCCUUUCGGAUGGGCCGGAGUGACCGCGGGGGCGGCAAAAUGUUUUUACGGGUUCAUCGGUUUCGACAGUGUAGCUACUACAGGAGAAGAAGCAAAAAACCCAAAACGUGACAUCCCAUUGGCCAUCAUAUUGUCGUUGACCAUCAUAACUUUUGCAUAUUGCUGUAUCAGUUCAGUUUUAACUCUAAUGUGGCCGUAUUAUGAUCAGGACAUCGACGCGCCGUUCCCGUACGUCUACGAUCAUCUUGGUUGGACGACGUUGAAAUUGAUUGUUUCAUCCGGCGCUAUAUUUGCUAUGUUUGCCAGUCUCUUAGCAAGUAUGUUCUCGAUGCCGAGGAUUCUGAUGACCAUGGCAGAAGACGGUCUCAUGUUCAGCAUGUUCUCGAUCAUUCACCCGAAGUUUAAGACACCUCUGUUGGCCACUCUGUUGUCCGGUUUAUUCGCUGGUAUUGUGACGGCGCUCUUGAACCUCGAUCAGCUGAUGAACAUGAUGUCGAUCGGCACGUUAUUGGCGUACACGAUAGUGUGCAUCUGUGUGCUGGUGUUACGGUACAAAAACGAUUCGGACGUCGACGAGUCUGCGGACAAGCAGGGAAACGACGAACCGGAGUCCAGCGGAUUUGUAAACGCGGUUGGAAAGUACUUUAAUCUGUCCAACGUCAAAAACGCCAACAAAGACACUCAGUUCGUGGCCACGACCAUUAUCAUAUUGUACAUUUGCACGUCGGCGCUGUUUAGCUUCAUAACUGUACAACAACAGUGUGUCACGACCGUCCAUCAGUGGUGCAACGAAAGCGACGGCAACAGUACGACUUUUCAACCGGAUUGCGUAAAAAACACCAGCAACGACAAACCUUUUGAACAAGAGUGUGUUGAACACAGCAUCGCUAAGUACACUAGCAUCGCUUUAGCAAUCGGGUUGUUGAUUUUGUUGCUGUUACUGACUAGACAGCCCCAAUCGAAUAAAAAACUUUCUUUCAAGGUCCCGCUGGUUCCGCUCAUACCAUGCAUUAGCAUCUUGAUGAACGUUUAUUUGAUGAUGAAACUCGACGUGAUCACCUGGAUUCGUUUUAUUAUUUGGUUACUGAUCGGACUAUGCGUGUAUGGACUAUACGGCAUGAAAAACAGUGCUGAAGGCUUGAAACAGAGAGGGGAGACGAAAAAAAGUCAGUUGAGUUCUGCCGAGCCGGUACAUAAUCAGAAUUCUGCCAUGAAUUUAUAAACACGCGUUACGGCACACGCAUUGUGGUGAUAAGGUAUAUAGACUAAAAUCUAUUUUAAACCCAAAUUCAAACCAACCGUUAUGUGAAAAAAACGUAUCUUUUCUGACGCACUGCACAGGGUAAUAUUGUCGUUCAUAAAAUAUUUACUUAUACCUACCAGUAUUACGUUUUGUAACUACGUCUUACAAAUAAAUAUUUUAUAUAUACGUGUAUGUUGAACGGCUAUAUAAUAUUAUAAUCCGA